AUGUCAUUCAUACAACCGUCAAUCGAAGGACCGCCUUCGUCAAUCCAGGACCCGCGGGAUUGGACAGUCGAUCAGGUGAUAUUCGCCCUGACCGACCCUGAAAGCCGGCUGCUUACAGAAGAUGCGCGAUCGUCACUGCCAGAUGCCAGCAUCCUCGCCGAAAUCCUCCGCGAAAACGAUGUUACAGGGCUUGCCCUCCUCACAGAGGUCAAUACCUCUUCUCUACGAGAUGAGUUAGGGAUCAAGUCAAUGGGCCACAGGGCCACUAUCAAGCAUAUCAUCCAGGAGCUGCAAUAUAUGUCCCCGAAAUUUCAGGAGCAGCAGGCUCGGCGUUCUGCUAGGCUAUCGAGUGUGGGCUUGGAUUCACGAAUAGGAUCUCCAUAUUUUGCAACUCCAUCAUCCUUCGAGCCGCGAGCUGCCUCUAGGGCACUGGCAUUGACGACCUCCCCAUCCGCUUCGUCUGCGCAGGUGCAGAAUUACUCUGGGCCUGGUCAACCUCCAGCACAGCCUCGCGAUGACCUCAAGGAAGGGCCUGAGCUCCAAGGACUUGAUCGACCGAAUACAAUCACAUUCCGCUCCUUGGAAGAUAUGCAAGUUGGAGAAGGCUUGGGAAUCAACAUGACUGAAGGAAAAUUAUAUGAGGUCAAGCCUCAAGAGACCAGGAACAAUCCCGGCGUGAUAGCUUUGGUUCACGAGGAACCUUUGAGCGACGCGAAGAAUGCUUCUAACACAGAGCAAGCUGAACGACUUGGUCUUCAAGACGAGACUAUCUUCAUCGAUGACACAGGAAAGAAAAGGCGGCGUUUGGUCCUAGCCCAGCCUAGUGCCUCAGGACCAACACAGACCAUUGCAGCGAAGUCGUCAACUUUCGAUGAACCACCCAGCUCCCCGGAGACUCUUCGAAAAGACACAAACGCAAAUACAUCCUUCGAGUCGAAUGUCUUAUCAAUCUCUGACUGUCCAAACUUUGAUGACGAGCUUUUACAGGAGUCCCGGAAGCCUCCCGUUCUUGUGGAGGCGGCCACGUCGAUGUCAGGUUCCGCACUGGACUCAGUAGAGGCGGCGGCAGAGCCUGGAGCUGUAUUGAUCAAUGAUAAUGGACAAAAGCGAAUGAGACCCUUCCUGGUCCACGAAGCCGAUCUCGACUCUGAAGAUCGGCAAACCGUUAAGCCAAUUCUGAAGAAGGUGAAUGACACCUUCGGCUCGUCUGUACCAGAUUUGCGAGAGGUCGAACAUACAGAACACCUAUUGCAGCGGUCAUACGGGAAGAAAGCUAAGAGAAAGGCAGACCAGAUUUAUCUCGGACUCGAAUCGAUGCCCAUUGACAAUCUGGUCUACGGCGAUGUCGCUCUGGGCAAGGAUUUGGGCAAAGAUCAGGCGGUGGGAACCUCGUCACAAUUAGUACCACCAGAUGAGCCUGAUGACUUCAACAUUGCUCCCAACAACGAUGUCGCUAAAGGCCAACGCCUAUACGUCAAUGCCCGUAUGAAAUACCUUCUUAGGGGCCAAAGAGUAUCACUGGAGCGAGACGGACGUGGCCAUGUUGGAGUUAUCCCUUACCCUGAUAUGAUUAGCAAGAAAAACUGCCCUCUGUCCAUCACCGUAUUUUCCCCGUCUUCCCAGGGUGUCAUAGCAUCAAGAGCGAAUCGUUCAAAGUGGACCAUAGACAAAGUCGUCCCCGACGCAACAGAGGUCCAUGGAAGGACAGGCAACGUGUUCAACGUUGCUGACCCGGCUCUUGCCCGAGAUGAGAGCGAAGAUCCCGAGUGGAAGGCCCUUGAGAAGUGGAACUUCAUGGAUGGGAAAGAUGAGGUUCUUCCUGUGUACGGUGAUUCGAAUUCUGAGGGAGAAUACGAUCUUGAGACAUGGCGUGAGAUGGAGAAAGAACGAGGGAAGAUCGCACGGCCACUAGGUCUGUCAAAAAGUGUAAAGCUGACAAGCGCGGAGAUUCAAGGCGCGAUCGAUGUUGCAGUGGAGCAGAUCGUCUGCGAGUGGACUCUCAAGAGGCUGCCAAAGCUUAAAUUCAAGCAAUGGCGUCUAUGGGCGAAAUCCAGACGAAAUCGAGAUUCACGAAACCAGAUUGAGUCGUUCACCCGUGAGUUCGAGAAGCUUGAAGCUCGUAUCGCUGGUCUUCGAAAGGAGAUUGCUCAAGAGGAAUGGUCAAAGUCCAGUCAAAUCAACAAACAAUGCAAAUCCAUGCAACACUCUAUCUUCGACCGUGAAGACUACAAAUGGAAGAUCGCCACAUUGCAAUUGCAGAAAGCGCCCGAGAAACUGCCGCCUGAAACAAGACAACCCAGGCGCGCCAAGAGCCUAGGGCCUGGGGAGAUACUCAAAGAUGGCGAAGAGAUACUUACGGCUGAUACCGAAACCCCAGACAGUUCAGAAGAUGACUUGGAGGACUUCAUCGUCGAAGACGACGCCGACGAAGACAUCUAUCAGCCUGUUGUUGUUGAUGAUGACCUAACGAUGGCCGAUGUCGAAGAUGGCAUUGACUCCGACACUUUGAUCGUCGAGGGGCCAAAGCCAAAGACACCAAUUAAGCGAACCGAGAAAUUCAGUCAGCCUGCACCUUCUCCGUCCAGUGUCAUCGACUUGACUCAGCAAUCAGAUCCUGUGGAACCAGAAAUCUCCGCUCCGAAGCACGAGCCUUCUUAUGCAAUCCAGACGCCGCCUCUGUACAGCAGCGAAAAUGACAGCGAGAUAUUCCAGCGCAGUCGCAGUAAGAAGCCUGUAUUUAGGAUGCCUCCUACGGUGCCCAAAUCUCCAACCAAGACCACGGAAAUCAUUUGCCUAGAAAGUGACUCCAACGACUCCGUGGGAUAUCGAAAUCUUGAUCCACCUAAUCGAUUUCCAGCAUUGGACGAUGUUGACAAAAUCAGGAAUAUGAAUGCUGCCGAGUUGGUGGAAAGGCAGGACAGAAAGCGACUACUGAAAUGGAUGGUGGCCCAUGCAUCAGUAUCCCAACGACAGUCUGCGUUUAGCUACUUAAAUCAAACGAGCAUGGAAGUCUCUCGCGCAAACGUGGUAUCAGGCCUUACAGAGCUUCGCAAUCACAAGCGACGCCUAAAAAACAUGGACAAGGAAGACUCAGACAGCAUCAUGCGGGUUGCCACAUGGCGUGUUUGCUGGACGAUACCUGUGAAGAUAACACCUGAAGGUCUUCAGACCCCCCAUAUCAUUGCAACUUUGGAGGACGACGGAUACGAGCUUUUCUACGACUUCUUGCUCGAAUGUUUGCAACAUUACCAGAUUGCUCCUGCUCUUCCCAAUCGUAUCAAGUCGAAAAAGAAGCGACUCCGGGUACUUCGAGAAGAAUCUGACGAAAGUCCACAAGAGAGCCCGUUUCGGAAGAGAAAGUACCUUGUGACAGAGAGUCAAGAAACCCUAGACAAACGACAAGCCGCUCAAGAAAGAAUGCGUGGCGACGAAGAGCGCCGUCGGCGAGAGGAACUGAAGUCCAGACUCUCCAAAAUGAGCUCUCAGGCGGGUGAUCCACUGGAAGUCAUCGUCAACCCCGGCAAACUUGAGGAUGAGGAAUUUGUCCGGCUUAACCCUGCCUUUGGAAAUGGAGCUCGCUUGAAACCACAUCAAAAGGAGGGCUUACAGUUCAUGUGGCGGGAAAUCACUGGCGAUCAUCAAAACCUACAAGGAUGUCUGCUUGCUCAUGCUCAGGGGCUUGGAAAGACCAUGCAGGUCAUCUCGCUGCUGGUCACCAUCGCAGAAGCAUCGAUUUCUGAAAACAAGGAUAUCCGUCAACAAAUCCCACUCGAGCUUCGCGAAAGCCGAACCCUCAUACUAUGCCCAGUCACAUUGGUAGAGAAUUGGUGGGACGAGCUUUUGAUAUGGCCUCCAUCAUCGUCCAAUUCUCUUGGCAAGCUUCGGAAAGUGAGCUCGGCAAUCGGACUCCCUAUACGCCUCAAUGAAAUCCUAGCCUGGAGUAGUGAAGGUGGUGUCUUGAUACUUGGAUAUCCUACUUUCACAGAAUUGAUCCAGAACAAAUCGCGGGCAAACAGACCACCUGCGCUUGACGAAUCCCAGCAUCAGAGGAUCAAGAAAGCUCUGCUAGAAGGCCCCAGUCUCGUCGUAGCCGAUGAAGCCCACAAUUUCAAGAAUCGAGCUUCAGAUAUCAAUCGAGCCAUCAAUCAGAUCAAGACUACGAGUCGGAUCGCACUCACGGGGACUCCAUUGGCUAAUCGUCUCGGAGAAUACUAUUCAAUGAUUGACUGGAUUGCGCCAGAUUACCUGGGAAAGCCCGCAGAGUUUCUUGCAACUUACGAAGAGCCUAUCUACGCAGGACUGUACCGAGACAGUUCCGAUUCGCAGUACCGAGAGUCUCGGAAGAGGUUGAAAGCUUUGGAAUUGGAGCUGGAGCCGAAGGUCCAUCGAAGGGGAAACGCAGUUCUGCAUGCCGAGUUGAAGGGUAAGAUGGAGUUUGUCAUCACGGUCCCACUCACCAAGCUCCAGGACGACCUUUAUCGUAUCUAUACAGGAUCCAUGCUUGGUGCCAGCAAGGGGGGUGAACCCAAACAGGCUCUUCUCUGGUCCUGGCUCGGCCUUCUCCAACUCCUUUGCAAUCACCCCAAAAGCUUUAGGGAGGGUCUCCUCGCGCUCAGAGCUGAGUAUGAAUACUCAUCCAAGACGAAGCCUUCUGUGGCAAAAAAGAAGGCACGCCAAUCCGAUGCUGAGGAAGGGCCGCUUGGCUCCGAGGAAGAUGCCGUUCAAUUGAACGAGCCCGUUUCCAGGAUUGGUCUGAGACAGAUUAUAAGCGAGAGCGAAAGGGUGUUCGAGAUGUUGGCUACACCCGUUGACGCUCUGUGUCUGUCCAACAAGAUGCAAGUCCUGAUGAGUGUCCUAGAAUUCGCUGAAGCUGCCCAGGACAAGGUCCUAGUCUUCUCUCAUAGGAUUUCAACCCUUGACUUCAUUGGCGACCGGCUUGCCGAGGCAAACAAGCCGUACGCUCGUAUUGACGGGAAGAUGCUGCCAGAGAAGCGGCAGCCAAUCACCAAAGAGUUCAAUGAGGGCAAGAUGAACAUCUGUUUGAUAUCCACAAGAGCUGGGGGAACAGGGCUGAAUCUGUUUGGUGCCAAUCGAGUGGUAAUAAUAGACGACCAUUUCAACCCAAUGUGGGAACGGCAAGCCAUCGGCAGAGCGUACCGCAUCGGACAACGGAAACCGGUCUACGUCUAUCGUCUCACCGUAGGCGGCACCUUUGAGCAAGCAAUCCAAAAUCAAGCUUUGUUCAAGGAGCAGCUUGCUAAUCGAGUGGUCGAUAAAAAGAAUCCAAAUCGCCACGCUGUCAAAGGUGCCGGUCAGUAUUUAUUCCUACCGAAGACUGUCAAACAGGAGGACUUGAGUCAAUUCCUGAAUGAAGACGCUCUUCUAGACCAUCUCCUAGCUGACCAGACAACCAACCGCAUUCUCUCAAUUACGCCGUCCGAGACAUUUCAUAUCGAGGAUGGUAUAGAACUGACACCAGAGGAGAGUAAGGAGGCUGAACAGAUGAAGAAGGACUUCGAGCUGUCCCGUCGGGACCCAAUAGCUCAUAAUGCAUUGAUGACUCGGCGUAGGGAGGAAGAGGCUCGUAAGCUCCGACAGCACGUUGCCUCAUUCCCUCAACAGUCAGGAGCCUCUAAACACCAUGCCCACAGUACCCAACCGUCGCGUUGGGACCACCCCUUGAUAGCCACGGGAGACAUGUUGCUUCCCCCGUCGACGGCUCCAGCUGGCGGGCCUUUGCUCUAUGAGCCUACAAUCGCAAACCCCAGCGCAGCCGUCUCGCCAAACCUAGGUCAGCCCCAAACUGGGUCAUUACCUGAUUCUAAUUCCACGGCAGGAAAAGGCGCUUCCGUUCGAGCCCCAAAGCAAACGCACCCACGUUUCGGUGCUCGCCGGCGUCUCAGUGGAACUCCUGAUUUUACUUCUCAUGACCUGCAGAAACACAUCGAAGACUCUAUUACAGUUCCGGAUACCUCUGGGUCAACUCCUAGGAACAGCGCCAAUGGUAACACGACAGAGGUGAAUGGAAAAAUGAAUGAAUCGAAGGAGAACAGAGGCGGUCGAAAGCGCAGCGAUCCAGCGGAUGAGCAGCACAAAAGGAAGAAACUAAAGCGUGCACUGGCUCCCACGGCCGGUCCUGCGCAUUGGGAAGCGAUGAACAAGAACUUUGAGGAUUUCCUGAGUCGUGAAGCUGAUAGACCUUCUAAUGGUAGGUCUUGA